AUGUCCUUCUUCAGCUUCGACAUCAUCGUGGCCGCCGCCAACUUCCUCUACAGCCUGGGCAUGCUCCUCGAGUUCGCCGCCUUCGUCUGGCUCCGCGUCAAGCAUCCCGGUCUGACGCGCCCGUACCGCGUCCCGGCCCGCCUGCCGGCCGCCGUCGUGCUCUGCCUCGUCCCCUCCGCGUUCCUCGUCUUCGUCAUGGCCAUCGCCGGGUGGAAGGUGUACGCCAUCAGCGCUGCGUUCACGGCGGCCUGUGCAGAUAGUUGUGUUGGCCUGUGCAGGUAG